GCGGGGCGGCGGGCGCGGCCCGGAGCGGCCCUCAGGCCUCGCGCCGGCCGCGGCCGAGGUGGGCGCCGGCGGUUGCGGGGCGCGCGGCGAGUGCGGCUGCGGGAGCGUGCUCUUCGUGCGCGGGAAGCUGCAGGAGAUCCAUCUGCCAAACUGGAGUGGCCCUGCAGGCAGUCCAGAGUCUGGGAGCCGUGCAGUUUUCCCCGGACUGUGCUUUGAACAGGUGGGACAAGCAAGGUGACUGAAUAAAUUGUGAUUCAUCAAGAUAAAGGAAUAUUAUCCAGCACUAAGAAGAAACGGACUGCCAGGCCAUGAAGAUGUGUAGAAACCGUAAAUGCAUUAUCACUAAGUGAAAGACGCUAAUCGGAAAAGACUACCAUGCCUGCAGGAAUCUUGCCUGAAAAUGAAGAACCGUAUUCCACUUCGGUGAAUGACAGCACACAUGCUGCCGACAUGAAAGGAAAUUCAGGACGUCCAACACCAAAGUACACGAAAGUCGGAGAGCGCUUACGGCAUGUGAUUCCCGGACACAUGGCCUGCUCCCUGGCAUGUGGUGGCAGAGCCUGCAAGUACGAAAGCCCAGCGCGCUGGGGCGAGCAGGAGCAAGCCAUCAACGGGGUGUACUCAUCGUGGGUCACUGAGAACAUCCUAGCCAUGGCUCGCCCGUCCACGGAGCUCCUUGAGAAGUACCGCCUCAUCGAGCAGUUCCACAGCCAUGGCAUAAAAACAGUCAUCAACCUGCAGCGCCCUGGUGAGCAUGCCAGCUGUGGGAACCCUCUGGAACAAGAAAGUGGCUUCACGUACCUUCCGGAAGCUUUCAUGGAGGCUGGCAUUUAUUUCUACAAUUUUGGAUGGAAGGAUUAUGGUGUAGCAUCACUCACCACCAUCUUAGAUAUGGUGAAGGUGAUGACAUUUGCCUUACAAGAAGGAAAAGUAGCUGUCCAUUGUCAUGCAGGGCUUGGUCGGACAGGUGUUUUAAUAGCAUGUUACUUAGUUUUUGCAACAAGAAUGACUGCUGACCAAGCAAUUAUAUUUGUUCGGGCAAAGCGACCCAAUUCCAUACAAACUCGAGGACAACUACUCUGUGUAAGGGAGUUUACUCAGUUUCUGAUUCCUCUUCGCAAUAUAUUCUCUUGCUGUGACCCCAAAGCACACGCUGUUACUUUAGCACAGUAUCUUAUUCGCCAGCGGCAUCUGCUUCAUGGUUAUGAGGCCCGACUUCUGAAACAUGUACCCAAAAUUAUCCACCUCGUUUGCAAAUUGCUCCUCGACUUAGCCGAGAACAGGCCAGUAGUGACAGAAGAGGUGGCAGAAGUGCCCAGCCUAUCUGCCGAAAUUGAGAAGACAGUUUCUGAGAUGAUCACCCUGCAGCUGGAUAAAGAGUUGCUGAGGCAGGGCAGUGACGCAUCAGAUUCCUACCCCCCCACUGCAGUGCCCACAGAUUUUGAGAAUCAGGAUGUGAUUCUUUCCAGCGAGCAAGAGAUUGACCCUCUUUGGAAGAGACGGAAUGUCGAGUGCCUUCAGCCCCUGACUCAUCUGAAAAGACCAUUCAGCUACAGCGACUCAGAUUUAAAGAGGGCUGAGUCGCUUCUGGAGCAGGGGGGAUCUCCGUGGACAGGGCCUGCCCAGGUGUUGCUUGGCCAUCAUCCCGGGCAGCAGAAGCCCAUCAGCCACUGUUACACCCCCCAGUCUCCACAGCUGGAUCCAAGUAAGGAAAAGCUGGUCCAAAAUACAUUCUCUUUCUGGAAUCAGGCUAAAUUUGGAGGCCUGGAAGGACUCAAAGAUGAGGGGUCACCGGUGUUCCAUAGGGAGACUAUUGCAAAGGAAGUACAGCGGAGUAGAACCUUCUCUUCGGGUGUUUCAAGUUCAUACAACCCUAGGGAACCAGUUAUGCCGAACCUUGCAGAUACCCCUACGGAACCAAACUGUUCUCCCCAGCAAGCGCCCCGCUGUCAGGACGGAACUCCUGCUGGUUGCUGCUCCGACACCCCCCGUGGCCCCGUGGACUGUGGCUUCAGCCCCAAAGCACCCUUCUUCGGUGGACGCAUCCGAGCCCAGGACAGCAAAGAUCUGUCUGCACUUGCUCCACACACUGCUUUGCAGUCUGAAUUGAGUGUCGAAGCCAGGAGAAUACUGGCAGCCAAAGCCCUGGCAAGUUUAAAUGAGUUCACAGAAGAGGAGGAGGUGAAAAGGAAGGUAGAAAUGUGGCAGGGCCAGCACCAGACCAUUCUCUGUGUGUUGCACUGCAUAGUGAGUCUGCAGGCGAUCCCUGCGGACGUGGAGGAAGCCAUCCUCAUCCGCGCCAUUAAAGCCUUCACCAAGCAGGUUAAUUUUGACUCUGAAAAUGGACCACUAGUUUACGACACCCUGAAGAAAAUAUUUAAACACACACUGGAAGAAAACAGGAAAAUGACAAAAGAUGGCCCUCAGCCUGGCGUUUAGUGAUGCUUUCCUGGUGGCGGAGCCCUCCGACCCGGAGACCCAGAUGGCGUUUCUGCGCACAGAUGAACAGGUUGGAGCGUGGAGCCGCUUUGUCUCAGAGCACUUUAUCUCAGACGCUCUUGGUUUGUGCUAAGAACACCCAUUUCUGUUGGGAGCAAUUAUUUAUUUUAAAAUACCCUCGAGCUACAUUUUUGUGUUGAAAAAUUGCCAUAACGUUGGUGCCACUUUCUUGUAUUUAUUUAACUGAAUUAAUACUGUUGUAUUAAUAUGUUAAGUAUGUGGUGUUUACAUCUUUAUUCUUUUUGACACUUUGGAAAAAGUUGUGACUCUUCUUUCCAAAACAAAUAUUUUGUCAGUGGAACCCUUGCUGGAGUUUUUACCAAAUAGGUAAUUUUAGUAGUAAAACUUCACUGUGGAUCCAUCCCCCUGAUCCUUGACCUAAGGAAGUCACAAAGUGUCUUAAGCAGUUUUGUAUUUGUUAGUAAGAAGGCUAUUGAAUUUUUUUAAGGAUCUUUUUUUAAUUUGCAAAUUUUUUGUUGUUUUCUUUUUAUAAACGCGUCAAAGGAUUUCAAAGAUAUUAUUUCUCAGAGAGAUUUAGUUUUGUGUUGAAGGUUGACUGUGAGGUGGUUGGGAUUUUUUUACCACGGGAAGUAGACUUGCUCUUGGUCAGGCUUCCAGACCCCCUGCCGACCUCUGCUGUCACAGGAGGCAGGAACGCUUUUCGGCACGUCCAGCCUGAUGCCCAACAAACAGCGUCUUCACGGUGGAAGCGGGGGCCGUGGUGGGCAGUGUGGGCAGCUGCUCAGAAGCAGGACUCCACAGGGAGGAGCGUCAGGUGGGGGCAGGCUCCAUGCAGCAGCGUGACCACCGGCCCACACCUCCCACAUCUGCCCUUCCGUGGACCCUGUCAUCUCAGGGCCCUGUCUUCGGCCACUUGUCACUCUGAGAACUAAGAUUCUUAAAUUGAACGUGACGCACGUAGGCCGCAAUCACCCUCUGGGCUCGAGAUAAGAAAUAAGUGAACUAGUUCCUGCCUAACCAGUUCUCUGUGGACCAAACUGUCAUUCAGCAGUCGAAGCCGUGAUGAAUGUGUGCAGCACCAGAGGGCGGGCCACACAGAGGGUAAGCAUUUUCCCCAGUAAAUAUGCUAUUCAUCUAACCAAUUUCACGGUAAGGUUAUGACCUAAUUUUAGAGACGGAAUUUCGGGGGAAGUGAAGCUAACCACGGAUGAGUCUCCCCGACUCCUGCAUCUCUGAAUCAGGUGCUGGCACAUCAGAAACAUAGUAAUCCUUGUCGGUCUUACAGACUCUGGCGGCAAAUGCUGAAUGUCGUUACCUCCCACACUGUGUAAGUUUUCUUAGGAAACUUAAGAUCCAGCGAAUUUUAAUGAACUGGUUGCCCGUUCCUGAAAUUUCUCAUUUUUAAGUGCCUGACCUGGGAAAGAAGGGAAAGAUUACAUUUUAUCCAAAGGUACAUUAUAAAAAUAUGUUUUUUACCCAAAAAGAUGUUUACCGUCAUUUCUGUCAGUCUCACCUGGGCAGCUGCCAGCAGGGCUCAUUGGACAAGCGGCUGUUGGCCUGUGUGUUUGAGAUGGUCCCGCACAGCCCCGACGUGACCAUGGCAGCGCACCAGACUGAGGAAGAGAGCUGGUGGGAGAAAUAAAUCAGGCUGUCUGUGGGCUUUGUAUGUAUUUGAAUAAAAGUGAAAAGAACAACCCAUAACCCUCGUACAUUUUAGCUUGGAGCUCCUGAUGAUACAGGUAUGCUUGGUGAUGGGACGAUCCUGACAGGCAGACUGGGUCGUGGGCUGGACAUCAGUCAGGCUCUGGUUGGUCCCAACUCUGUUGGUCCAGUAUGAGCAGGAGGGGCAGGAGGGGCAGGAGGGGAGAGGAGAGCUCUAGGAGGAGCGGGUGAGGGGAAUCUUAAGGCUGGCGGGGUUCCUGCCUUCCUGCACUUGAGUGGAUGAGGAGUUCUCUGCAGGCCAGAGGAUAGUUCUACUGACCAGAAGAACUUACAGGGUUUUGGGAUUCAGCUCAGCGGAAGUGUGAGGGGCCAAGAGCACACACUCAGAACUGACGGCCAUGGCCAUGCAUAUGCAUUGUCUGGGUUCUUACCAGACCCGGGGAGAAGUAUUAUUCAUACUUGCCUGUUGAAGGAGUCCCAGUCUGACCGACUCCAGACUGUGCCCUCCUCCCUCCCCCUGACAGAAUGCCCGGCAGGAACCAUGGGCCCUGUCAGCACUGGGCUCCAUGGUGGCACCAUAGAGCAUUGUGUUGUUUGUCACUUAGUGAAAGUCCCCAUCAUGUCUGUCCUCUGGAGCUGGCUGAGCUGCCAUGUCACUGUCCUGUGAUCUCAGCAUAUCUCACUUAGGAAGUGCAGGAUUUCCGGCCACUUACCAGUUUUCCUUCUAUCCGAGAGCUCGCUGAUGCCCUCUGCACCGAAGUGCUGCUGGUCUUGAGAUUGCUUUAUCCGUGUGCAGAACUCAGAAACCCACGUAAUGUGCUUAGUCGUGUCUUCAGCCAGCUCCCCAGUCUUAUCUCAGGAAGAGCAUGUGCUUUCAUCAUGCUGGCGUCCAUGAAAAACCAUGUAUCAUAACUUCAAUAAAGUUUUGCUGGUUUCUCUUAAAUGGAGGACACCUGCUCAUUGCUUGCAUGCUCUUUCAGCCAGUUCUUUAGAGGUCUGAAGAAAUCUCUGGAGACAAUAGGCUGCAGACAAAAUGCAUAUCCCAAGCCCCUGAUAUCUGAAGGCCCACAGUAAUUUGGGGGAUUGAUUUAAUCUGACAGUUUACUCAAGGCAUCUUUGUUCUUGUUGUUCCAAAUGAACAAGGAUCGAUAUAUUUUCAGUGCAAGUAAAACAAGAAUGACAUUCUCUUUGGUGCUUUUUAUGAAUAUGGCUCAAGAGUAUCACCUUAUCUAAAGGAGCCUCCUUGGGGCACCUGGGUGGCUUAGUCACUGAAGUGUCUGCCUUCGGCUGAGGUCAUGACCCCAGAGUCCCAGGAUGGAGCCCCACGUUGGGCUCCCUGCUCAGCAAGGAGUCAGCUUCUCCCUCUCCCUCUGCCCCCUGCUCCAUUUCUCUCUCUCUCACUCACUCUCUCUCCCUCACUCUCAAAUAGAUAAAUUUAAAGGAAAAUAAAGGAGCCUACUCAAUGCUAGUUGGUUGAAAAUUGUUUACAGAUAACAUGACAGGAGAAAAAUUCAACAAAUCCUGUGAUGCAGUUGUGCAUUCUGUUUUAGUUAUGCUUUUAGGCAUGAGCUGGCCUCUGAGUAGCCCAACACUGACGGUAAAACUGACUUGUGAGUGAUCACGAUGGAGGCCUUGAGCAGUGUGGCUUGGGGAAACCAUCACUGUCAGCCAUCAUUUAAAACAUCCAGUCAUGGAAGACAAUGUCCAAACCAGACUUUUACGAUCAUAAGACCUCGUGCACUGAAGUUUCGUGUGUCCACGGCAGUUUAUAUUGCAACAGAAGGCUGUAAUGUCCUUGCCUCCUGGCUUUCUUGAUUAAAAUGAAAAGAUGUUUGACUCUUAAGAUUGCCUGUUUUGGGGAGAAGUUAUAUUUUUGGAGUAGUUUCCUACUUACAUGGCCAUUUGAUUACAGCCUGAAAACACUCCUUGGCUUUGAUUUAGUGAGUUGCUUUCUCAUUUUCUUUCUUCUCUUAAAAAUAAAAUUAAAAGUAGUCAGACACUGAAUUAGACUGAACCAUGUGGAAUAGCCUGCAGGUCAAAAAUGAUCACAUGUGGCCAUUUCCUGUGGUUCAACCGAAUAUUAAAUUUAAUGCUCCUGAGACCAGUAGGUGAUAUUUCCUGUAUUAUUUUAACAAAGUUUAAAUUAGAAGAUCAAGUAUUUUCUAAGAAUAUUCUCUAUGCUCCCAGUGGACUUCAAAACAAGUGGAAGAGACCAGUGUGAAACUCCUCUUUCAGCAAGCAAGGCCAUGCCUCCUCUGUGUGUGGCUCUCCACUGAUGCUGGGGGCACAUGAGCUCAUCUUCUCAGUCGUUCGUCCUCUGUCAGGAGCCGAGUUUAGCACAUGCUUGGAACUAAUGCUAGAAGCCUAAUUCUCAACAUUGUCACUCACUUAAUUCUGAACAUCCUUCAAAGCUCAGCUCUAAUUCCUUGGAACAGAGUGUGUUAAAUGUAGUCAAAUUCAGCUACUUGACUAUACAGCCCAAGGAGAUGGAGGGGUAUUACAGGCUGGACAGUGUCCUAAAAUUCAUGUUGAAGUUCUGACUCCUGGUACCCCAGAAUGUGACUGUAUUUGGAGAUGGGGUCAUUGCAGAUGUAAUUAGUGAAGACGAGGUCACUAGGGUGGCCCCAAUCCAGCAUGACCAGUGUCCCUGCGAAGAAAAGGAGGUGAGGACACAGACACGCACCGAGGACAACCACGUGAGGACGUGGGAAGACGGUGUCUACCCGCCAGGAGAUAGGCCUUGGGGGAAACUGGCCUGCCCACGCCUGGGCCUCAGACUUCCCGCCUCCAGGACUGUGAGAACACACACUUCUAUCGUACCAGCCCGGGCCAUGGUGUUUGUUAUGGCAGCCGGGGCUGACCAAUGCACUCCUCAGCGCUUCCGCUGUACGUUGUGUGUGUUUCUCUAUCACGUUACCUCAAACAGCACAUCACUUGGAUUUUCUUGUUUCUCAGCUUUAUGCAAAUUGAAGAACGCAGUGUGUAUUCUUCUGUGACUUGCUCACGUUGUCCACCACGUUCCUCACAUUUAUCCAUGUUGGCGUGUGGAGCUGUGGUUCCUGUGUGUUCACUGGGGUGUGGCAGCCCAUUAUGUGGAUGCCCCACAGUUUACCCCUUUACUUGUGAUGGACACUUAGAUGAUUGUAUUUGUAGAUAAAUACAAACACAUGGGUGCACACAUAGUUAUUUAGGCUGUGGAGCUACAAGUGGCAUUUACGGGCUUCAGGGCACAUGUCCAGGUUCCUUCACAAGGACAAGGUGUUUCUAAAACGAUCGCCUCCGUUUAUCCGCCAGCAGUGGUGAAUGCGAGUUCCCAUUGCUCAGUGGCCUUGACAACACUUAGUACUGGCUGCCUUCUUGGUUUCUGCCAGAUUCAGCUGGUGUGAGACAUGUCCCAGUGAGGUAUCUUCACGUGUCCUGGGACAUGUGUGCUUCGUCUCCUCUCACGUGCUUGUGCACAUGUGUCUGUCUCUCACAGCCCUUAAACACGUGGUGCUCCGUGUGUUGGUUUUCUUUCUUCUCAUCCAUGAUCCUGCCACACUCGGUGUAACACCUGGCACACAGAAGGGAUCAACAAAUGUGGAUCAAAGAAGUAAGGAGGUAGAGGAAAAGAGGAGAGCACUGUCCCCCUAAGAUCAGAACAACUCAGGGAAGGCUGCCCCCCCUCCUGUUCACAUUGUGCUGGAGGUUCUGGCUGGUGUAAUCAGGCAGGAAAAAGAAAUAUGAGGCAUUCAGAGGAGAAAGUAAAACCAUUUUUUUUAAAGAUUUUAUUUAUUUAUUUGAGAGAGAGAAUGAGAGAGAGAGAGAGAGAGCAUGAGAAGGGAAGGGUCAGAGGGAGAAGCAGACUCCCUGCCGAGCAGGGAGCCCGAUGCGGGACUCGAUCCAGGGACUCCAGGAUCAUGACCUGAGCCGAAGGCAGUCGCUUAACCAACUGAGCCACCCAGGCGCCCAAAGUAAAACCAUUUUUAUUUUCAGACAUGACCAUCCCUGUAAAAAAUCUGAUGGAAUCUACAGAAAAAAACUAUGACAGCUAUUACGUGAGUUUGGUGAAGUGGGAAGACAAAAAAUCAAUUCACAAAAACCAGCUGAAUUUCUGUAUAUUGGCAAUGAAGAACCUGAAGUUGAACAAUGGCAGUUACCAGAGCAUCAAACGCUAAGGGAUAAAUCUGACAGAAAAUGGGAGCCACCUGUUCUAUCCAUCUCCAAGGGCCACCACAACAAAUGAUCACAAGUAAGGGGGUGGGGGAGCGGGGGCUUACUUGUUCUGGUUCUCCUGGUUCCAGAGGCCAGAAGUCUGAAAUUAAGGGAUCAGCAGGGCCACGCUCCUUCCAGAGGCUCCAGGGGAGGAUCCUUCCUGCCUCUUCCAGCUUCUGCCGGCCACCGGUGUCCCGUGGGGCUUCUUGGCUUCUGGCCGUAUCACGCCCAUCUCUGCCUUCAUCUUCACACUGCCUUCUCCUCUCUCUCUCUAUCCUCUGUGCAACUCUUAUAAGGACACAUGUCAUUGGAUUAGACACCUCUGGAUAAUGUAGGAUGAUCUCCUCUUGAGACCUUCAAGUACCAACUGCAAAGACCUUUUUUCCAAAUAAACUCACAUUCUCAGGCUCUGGGGACGAGGACACGAACAUAGCAGAGCAGGGGGAGGGUGAGUGGCGUGAUUCAACUCACUACACCUGCACACUGAAAACUACAAAAUAUUUCCAAGAGAAACUUAAACAGACCGAAAAAGAUGGAAAGAUAACCUGCUCAUGAGUUGGAGGAGUCAAGAUUGUUUAUAUGUCCAUUCCUUUCAGAUUGAUCUCUAGAUCCCAUACAAUCCUAAUUAAAGUCCAAGCAGGCUUUUCUUGCAGAAAUUGACAAACUGAUUCUGAAAUUCAUAUGGAAAGGCAAGUGACCUAGAACAGCCAAAAGAACUUUGAAAAAAGAACAAAGUUGGCAGGCUAACACUACUUGAUUUCAGGAAUUAUUUUUUUUCUUUUUUUAAAGAUUUUAUUUAUUUUAGAGAGAGAAUGAGAGAGAGAGAGCACAUGAGAAGGGGGAGGGUCAGAGGGAGAAGCAGACUCCCUGCCGAGCAUGGAGCCCGAUGCGGGACUCAAUCCCGGGACUCCAGGAUCAUGAUCUGAGCCGAAGGCAGUCGCUUAACCAACUGAGCCACCCAGUCGCCCUUUUUUAAAGAUUUUAUUUAUUCAUAAGAGACAGAGAGAGAGGCAGAGGGAGAAGCAGCCUCCCCGCUGAGCAGGGAGCCCGAUGCCGGACUCGAUCCCAGGACCCUGGGAUGAUGACCUGAGCCCAAGGCAGACGCUUAACCAUCUGAGCCACCCAGGCGCCCGAUUUCAAGAAUUAUUAUAAAGCUACACUAACCAAAACUGUGUGGUACUCAUACAAAGCUAGACAGGUACAUCAAUGGAACAGGAUAUUCCAGAGAGAGACCCACACACACAUGAACACCUGAGUUUGGACAAAGGUGAAAAGGCAAUGCGGAGAAAGGACCGUCUUUAAACAAAUGGUGCUGGAACAAUUGGAUGUUCGUAUGCAAAAUGACAAUUAAAAACCCUUGGAUCCGUAUCUUGCAUUAUCUACAAAAAUCAACUUUUAAAUGUAAGAUCUAAAACUAUAAAACUUCUAAGAGAAAAUAUAUGUGACCUUAGGUUAAUUAGAGGUUUGUUGGAUACAACACCAAAAGUACAGUCCAUUAAAGAACAAGUUGAUAAUCUGGACUACAUCAAGAUUAAAAACUUCCGCUCUUCAAAAGACACUGUUAAGAAAUGAAGACAAGCCGUAGACUAGGGGAGACUCUUUCUCAAAGCAUUUAUCUGAUGAAAGACUAUCUGAAACCUCUCAAGACUCAACAAGAUAAAGGAAAAGCAGCCCAAACUUAUAAAAGUGCCAAAGAUUUUAAUACACCACCAAAAAUACAAAAUUGGCAAAUAACUAAAUGAAAAGAUGCUAAGCAGUAUUAGUCAUAGAAAGGCAAAUGAAUAUGCACAGCAAAGGAAACAACCAACAAAACUAAAAGACAACUAUGGAAUGGGAGAAGAUUUGUAAAUGACAUAUCUGAUAAAGGGUUAGUAUCCAAAAUCUAUUGGGGUGCCUGGGUGGCUCAGUCGUUAAGCGUCUGCCUUCGGCUCAGGUCAUGAUCCCAAGGUCCUGGGAUUGAGCCCCGCAUCGGGCUCCCUGCUCAGCGGGAAGCCUCCUUCUCCCUCUCCCACUCCCCCUGCUUGUGUUCCCUCUCUCGCUGUGUCUCUCUCUGUCAAAUAAAUAAAUAAAAUAAUUUUUAAAAAUCUAUAAAGAACUUACACAACUCAACGCCAAAAACCAAAUAAUCCAAUUUAAAAAUGGGCAGAAGACAGACACAUGAGAAGAUGCUCAGCAUCGCUUGGCAUCAGGGAAAUACAAAUCAAAACCACAGUGAGACAGCAUCUCACACCUGGCAGACGGCUGAAAUCAACACAAGAAACAGCAGUGUUGGCAGGGAUGUAAAGGGGAGCCUCCCACAUUGUUGGUGGGAAUGCAAGCAAAGUGGUGCAGCCACUCUGGAAAACGGUGUGGAGAUUCCUCAAAAAAUUAAAAAUAGAAUUACCCUACUACCCAGCAAUUGCACCACUAAGUAUUUACCCAAAGAACACAACACUAAUUCAAAGAGGUACGUGCACCCCGAUGUUUAUAGCAUCAUCAUCUACAAUAGCCAAAUUCUGAAAAGAACCCAAGCGUCCACCGACAGAUGAAUGGAUGAAGAAGAUGCGGCGUAUACGUGCAAUGGGAUAUUACUCAGCCAUUAAAAAGAAUGAAAUCUUGCCAUUUGCAAGGAUGUGAAUGGAACUAGAGGGUAUUAUUCUAAGUGAAAUAAGUCAGAGGAAGAUAAAUACUGUAUGAUUUCACUCGUGUGGAAUUUUUUUUUAAGAUUUUAUUUAUUUGACAGAGAGCACAAGUAGGCAGAGCGGCAGGGAGAGGGAGAAGCAGGCUCUCUGCUGAGCAGGGAGCCAGAUGCGGGGCUCGAUCCCAGGACCUUGGAUCAUGACCUGAUCCGAAGGCAGACGUGGAAUUUAAGAAACAAAACAAACAGACAAAGGGAAAAAAGACAAACCAAGAAGCAGACUCUUCACUACAGAAAACACACUGCUGGUCACCAGAGGGGAGGAGAGUGGGAGGGUGGGUGAAACAGGUGAUGGGGAUUAAGGAGUGCACCUGUCCUGAUGAGCACCAGUGACAUAAGGAAGUGUUGAAUCACUAUGUUGUACACCUGAAACUAACAUAAUACCAUAUGUUAACGGUAUUGGAAUUAAAAGAAAUGCAAAUGAAAGCCACAAGGAGAUGCCACCGCACACCUUGUAAAAUGCUGAAAAUGCAGAAACUGGGGUGCACCAGGUGUUGGUAGGGAUACGGAGAAAUGGGAACUCACACUGCGAGUGGGAACAUGAAGUGGUGCACACUUUGGAAAGCUGUUUGGCGGUGGCCUCAGAAGUGUGCUAUCCAGCUGUUCCAUUCCUAGGCGUUUAUCCACGGGGGAAGAAUGUGUACAUCCCAACGAAGACUUGACCAGGAGUGUCUAUAGCAGCUCUGUGUGGACUAGCCAAAAACUGGAAACAGCACAAGGUCCAUGAACAGGAAAAUGGAAAACCACAUCGUGGUGGAUCCACACGUGGAACGCCACGCUGCAAUAAAAAGGAGUGAACUCUCAGUGAUUCAUACAACAGCAGGAAUGACUCCGCCUCACUGUGCCGAGUGGGAGAAGCCAGACGGAAGGAGUACGCGCCAUGUGAUCCCUUGUACAUAAAACUAGGGAACGCAGAAGAACGUGUCGUGAGCGAGUGCAGAUCUGGCUGCCCAGGGCCAGAGGAGGCCCGGGGGUGUGGGGGGCAUGCUCCCGUUCACGGUGGUGACUGUGGUGUUGGGUUUGUGGGUGAAGUUCAUGGUUUCAUGUCAGAAGGUAUCAAGUUGCACACUUUUUUUUUUUUUAAGAUUUUAUUAAUUUAUUUCAGAGAGAGAGAGAGACCGAGAGCACCAGCAUGAACAGUGUGGUGGGGGGGGGGGGGCGGGCAGAGGGAGAAGCAGGAUUCCCGCUGAGAACACCUGAUGUGGGGCCCCAUCCCAGGACUCUGGGAUCAUGACCUGAGCCGAAGGCAGUCGCUUCACCGACUGAGCCACCCAGGCGCCCCCCCACUUUUUUAAAGAUUUUAUUAAGUUGCACACUUUAAAUACUGUGUGCCGAUUUUUCUGUUCCAGAAAAUAGACUUACGUUUGUAAAAGAGGAAACGGUGUCCUGGGAGGAGGCACGUUGGAGUGGUCACGUGGGUUUUCUCUGGGCGGGGACGUAUGGGCCAUCAUGUUCGAGGGGUGCUGGGGCUCUAACUGUGCUUGAAUUUCUGUAAAUGAGUUUGCCCACAGCGCAGCCAUGCUGUGUUUCUAAAGUGAAAAAGAAGUGGCUUGCUCACAGCUGGUCUCCGUCGCUUGUCGAGCUCAAUUUCCAGAGAGCCUCUCUGCUGGUAGUAUUUUUGCAGUGGGAGCUCUGUGUCUACAAUCUAAACUAUCUUUACAUGAACUGAAGUGCAUUUCUGAUUUUAAAUGUUUGUUUUCUGAGGAUUUCUGAAGGACUGAUUUGGGAAAACCUGUGUUUUAACAGAUGUCCCACAUUCCUGCUCCGUUGGUAAAAGUGAAAGACUGUUUUCCCAGACUCUGACUCCUGCGUGGACUUUCUGGUCGCCGCCCAUUCAGAGCACAGCCUCUCCUGCCAGAUGUUUGUCUUCCUGCUUUCUCUGUUUAAAGGGUUCAGAGGAGAUUUAGCUGCUUUAGCCACGUAAUUAUUUUUUUCAACAAUUAAGAACUUUGACAACUGGCAUUCACAAGCUAAUGUGGAGGCACAGAAACCGCAAUUUAAUUGCAGAGCUUCAGAAGCUCUAACUGAGAGGGUUUGGCCUCCUACCUCCCACAAGGGCGCUGCUGGUGUGCCCGGAAGUCAGCCCCCCGGGAAUUUGACGGAGCCUCCUGGCCGCCACCCAGGGCCCGUGAGUCAUGAAGAAACCCCGUGUGCAAAAGAAACCCUUGGCAAACAAGAAAUGGCUCUUGAGAAGGUCUGUGUCUGCUCGGGAGAGGAGGAAGUUGAAUUAAACACGGGACAGUGUUCGUUCUGCCCCCCGCGUCCCACCCGUGGCCCCUUCCGGCCCUGGCCCUAGAGACACAGACUCGAGGCCGGUCCCCCUAAGGAUGCAGGUGGCCCUGGGGGCAGGACCGGCUCUUUCUGAGGAGCAGUGGGACCUCAGAGCCAACUUCCUCUGGGAAGAGGGAGGACACGUGCUCGGCCUAUGGAAAGUCGGGAAAUGGAGGGUCGGGGAUUCUGGACAAAGCAGUGCACGGAGGUGCUUCUGGCCCGUUGUUCUGAGGCCAAAUCCUUCUUUGUCCCUGGACUGUAGGAGAGGGCUGGGGUCAUUCUGUUGCCAAAUUUCAAAGAGGUCCCCCUCACCCCAUCCAGUGUUUUAUAUCCACAAUCUCAGGUGAGCAGAAACGGCCCAUGUCUUGACUUUCUUUCCUCAGUGUGGACUCCAGGCCCCCGUUUACCCCAGGCUGGGCCCCCGACUGGGCCCGAGGUGCUGGAGAGGCCUGGGCCCUCUGCGCCCCCUCGCAGCUGCCACAGGGGGCUCUACGAGCCUGGAAUGGGCACAUGUCUCUCCUUAAAAUACCGAAGUGUGUCCUGGAGGCCGGCCCCUCCCCAGAAGGCAGGGUGCUGCCGGCCAGCCAGGCCAGGCAGGGCAUGUCCCCUCCCCGAGGAACCCAGGCGGACGGGGGUGUGUGCUGUGGAUCGGGGCUCCUGGCAGGCGGGGCCUGUCUGCUCGAGUGGGAUCCUCCCUUGACCCUGAGCCGAGCUGGCGGAGGAGGUGGCUCUUGGCACUCUUGGGAGAGGGAGGAGGAGGGGCAGGAACUAGGGCCCGCCUUACUGAGGCUGUUCCGGGCUUGGAGCACGGACAGCAUGACCGGAGGAGAUGGAGCACCAGGGUGUGGCCCUUCCCAGCUCCCAGGGCCAGGCUGGUCUGGAGGAGACCCUCCCCGCCGUCCCCCAGAGCCCGGCCCCGUGGUCCAGCCCUCCUCAGCCACCACAGCUCGGCCGCCUCCCCGCUCCCCUCCCAGGGGCUGCUUAUUUUAAAGUCAGGUAUAUGGAGAUAAUGGGUCAAAGGCUCAACCGUCCAUGUUCCGAGUUUUGCAAACACGCAGUCAUGUAACUGCCACCACGAGGGAGACACAGCUGCCGGCCAGUGCAGAAGGUCCCCUGCUGUCCCUGCACAGCCCACCGCCGUGUCCUCUGGUUUUGUCUUCUCAGCCGUCACACAGCCGCAGGCUCUGGGCCCCACUGGAUGCGCCCACGCUAUCGUGUGUGUCCACGGCGGCUCCCAUCUGCGGCUCAGGAGCUCCUGCCACGUGGACUGGCCACGGCCUGUGGGUCCAUUCUCCCAGGACCACUCGGGUUAGCGCUGGUUUUGGCAAUUGUGAAUAGGACACGAUGCCCCCUACCCAAGCCCCAGCAGGCUCUCCCGGGAGCUCAGCCUUGAUUUCCGUUGGUGAAAAGCCGAGGCCCUGGCUCCUUGUCCACACCCACCAUCCGUUUCUGCUCAGGCUCCUGGGCUGUGUCGUCUGUGCUCCAUCCGCUGGUCCCCAGCCCCACACACCUCAGCUGUUCUAAAGAAAGUCUCAUCACAUCCUCUGCCGCCCCUUCCAAGUCCCAGGGUCUCUCGGGGGCCCAAGACCCCCACAUCUCCGAGCCCCUCCUGCUCUGUCUCCACCCUUCUUCAGUGACAUCUGUUCGCCCCCACCCGGCUCUACACAGCCUCCCAGGCUCCAGGCCGGUUCUCCUAGGACAGCACUCAUGUCCGCGGUGGGGACUGGGGGUCUGCAUGUUGGUGCUCCCACCAGACUGCGGAUUCGUGGAAGGCAGGGCAGCUUCUGAUCAAAACCUGACUCCCAGACCAGUAGGCACCUGGCCCUGCAGUGGCGUCCAAGGGGGACAUGGACAGAGAAGUCUGUGCCACAGAAAGGGGCCGGUGUACAGAAGGGGCAGAGGGAAACCUCACGCACGAGCCAGAACGCUGCAGGGGCAGGAGGGAUGGGGCAGAAAGGUGUUGGUCUUUCUUAGGUUGGCGCCUGGGCCCAGCCCCGGAGUGCGUGCUCUUGCUGCUGGCCCCCCGUUCCUGAGCCCACAGGCUGGCCUCCAUGCCCCAUCCACCCUGGAGGCAGCAUGGACCCCCGUCCUCUCUCCUUGGUGCUCUGCCUCCCCUGAUCCCUCCUGCCCGGAUGGGCUCACCCCGCUGCACCCACGCCCUCCAGCCCCCGUGAUACCACCUGAGUGAGCUCGGUCCUGGAGGCUGUCCUGCCCAGUCCACACACUGUUUAGUGCGGACAGAGGUUCAGUUUGGGAAGAUGGAACAGUCCUGGAGAUGGAUGGUGUGGAUGGCUGCACUCAGUGCUGCUGAGCUGCGCACUUACAAAUGGCCCAAAUGGUAAAUUUUAGGGGCGCCUGGGUGGCUUAGUCGGUUGAGUGUGCUGACUCUUGGUUUCGGCUCAGGUCAUGAUCUCAGGGUUGUGGGAUCUAGCCCCACACUGGGCUCCGUGCUGGGCAUAGAGUCUGCUUGGGAUUCUCUUUCCCUCUGCCCCUCCCCCGCCUCAAAUAAUUUUUUUCAUUUUUUACAUUUAAAUUCAAUUAACAUAUACUGUAUUGUUAGUUUCAGGGGUAGAAUUUAGUGACUCAUCAGUUGCAUAUAACAUCCAGUGCUCCUUACAUCAAAUGUCCUCCUUAAUGUCCAUCACCCAGUUACCCCAUCCCCCCUCCUCCCAUCCCUCCAGCGACCCUCAGUUUUUUUCCUAUGCUUAAGAGUCUCUUAUGGUUUGUCUCCCUCUCUGUUUUCGUCUUCUUUUUCCUUCCCUUCCCGUAUGUUCAUGUUUUGUUUCUUAAAUUCCACAUAUAAGCGAGAUCAUAUGUUUGUCUUUUUCUGACGGACUCAUUUCACUUAGCAUAAUACCCUCCAGUUCCAUCCAUGUCGUUGCAGAUGGCAAGACUUUAAUUUUUGAUGGCUGCGUAAUAUUCCGUUGUGUAUAUAGAUCCCCUAUUCUUUAUCCAUUUAACUAAAUAGAUAUUUAAGAACCAAAGGCACAGGAGCAGCAGGUAAGUGAAGAGCCCAGGAAUGGCAGCACCGUGGCCCCCAUGUGGCCGUCACGUGUGUCCAGCAUGUUGGGUGCUCACUCUGUGCAUGUCAAAUGGAGGUUAAGGGCAUACAGUAGGUCUUCAUGGUUUUCUCCCUGCUGCCCGUGGUCUCACAAGCACGUCCAGGAGUGUAAGGAGGCCGUGCAUCUCACCGGGAACGUCCCCAUCUGCAGGACCUCACUUGUGAGCAGCGCAGCCUGUCAGAGGCAAAAGGAGAGCCCACGGGGCACCACUUACCAUCAGCUCCUCCGUCUUCAUGAACUGCAGCCCUGGACAGGUCGCCGCACCUCUCCACGCCUCCACGUCCUUGCUCAGGUGAGAGCCAAGACCUGUGCUUCCUCGGGCUGUCAGCGCCCCUCGUGGAGGCUGCCUGGUCUUCCGAGGCACCCGAGGCCAGGUGGGCCCAUGCACCUGCCCCUCUGCAGGGGGUGGAGGUGCGGGAGAGCUCAGUGGCGCGCCAGAGGCCGUCCUGUGCAGGAGCGCAGGCCCGCACGGGACCCCAAGUCCCCGGAGCUGGAGCCAGCCGGCGGGCUGCUCUCCAGCCGCGUAUCUUCUGCAUCAGAGAGGUCAGCAAAUUCAGUAAAGAGCUGGAAAGUCAGUAUUUCGGACUUUGCAGGCCACAUAUGGUUUCCGUUACAUAUCAUGUGUUCCUGUUUUUGUUUCUUACCGGGUCUUAAAGAUGUAAAACCCGCUUGUGUCUGGUGAGCUGUACAAAAGGAAGCUGUGGGCGGGCCGUAGUUUGCCCCCCACACGUGCUGGUGCCCCAGGGGUCUGAGGAAUGGCCUCGCUUCUUGUCCCACAAGGAAAGUCUGGCGUCCGUGUGACAAUGUGUCUCCCGGGGCUGUGUCUGGUGCCUGAUCUAGAAGCCUGGCGGGGCAGGCCCUGGGCGCGGUGCUGUCCUGCCCUGUGUGCAUGGAGGGUUCAUGCCCCUUGCUGCUCCUCCCGGCUCCUCCCGGCCCCCCAGACAGGUGCCAGCAGGCAGUCUGCCGUCCCGGGCGUCAGGGAGAGAGAGAGGUGUGGGGCCUUCUACUGAGGCGGCAGGUCUCUUUCCGGUCGGCACGUCUCAGAAUCCACCCCACAAAAGGACUGGGGCAUGUCUGGCAAAGCAGACACUGGCCGGCCAGAACCCCUCUCUGAAGGGCUGGGAAGGGUGGGAGCGGGCUCCGAAGACAUGGGGGACCCAGGCUGGGGGCCGCGGGGACGUGCCCUGGGGCGCGCGCUGGCGGCAAGGAGUGUUCGUUAGCAAGGCGCCAGGCCCCGGCGGACACAGGACAUUCAGAGAAGAAGAGAGUGCACAGAGCAGGGCAUCGCAAGUGGGGAGGGCAUCCCGGCAAGAGGGGGUGGCAGAUGCCGGGGCCCAGGGGAGGGGCCCACACCCGGAGAUGCUGGGGCUGGUCCGUAGGAGACAGACUUCAGUGGAGGACGUGGGAUGUGCUCUUGGGAGGGCAGGUGAGGCCCUAUUGGAGGGGGUCUUACAGGUCAUGCACAGGGCGCUGUGUUUUGACCUAUGGGCAGUGGGGAGCCGUAAUCCACACCACGCAUCCGGUGGGACCUGAUCCCGAGCUAGAGCGCAGGAACCACAACUGGAGCUCAUCCAGGUCCCUUGGGGAUUUGUGGAGGGAAGGAAGGAAGAAACGCAGGCGGAACAGAUUGCGGGAGACGGGGCCGUGGAACAGAGGGCGGCCUGGGCAGGGGGGCCCGGCCCCCAAACAGUCACCAGUCGGACAUGGGGGCGGGUGACGGGCUGCCGGCCUGGGAUAGCUUCAAAGGCACCAGAUGCUUGGAUUUAUUUACACUUUUCGUGUUUCAACUUGGAAUUUUCGCUUACUUUGUAUUUGUUGUAAAGUCCUCUCAAAGUAGUACACACCAGGCUGAAGGGUCAACCUUGGAAAAGAUGGAGAGUGAAAGUCACGGCCUCUGCUCCGUGUGCCCCCGCCCCAGGCCCACCGAGGCAGCCCCUUGGAACUUGUUCUGGAGAGUUCUUCCCGGGGCGGUCUCACAGUGCUUAACAUGCUCAUUCUCUAAUGUCCCUUUAGGGCCAGCUGUGGCCACGGCUGAUGUGGGCUCCCGGGGCGGGCGGAGCCCCCGUCCGGGUGGCUUCACACCACCUUUGGUCCCCCAGUGUGGUUCUAAGUCACAUGCUUAACAGUAGGGGCGAGGGAAUCCCCUGUAAAACGAGGCUCCACCAACGUUUGUCCGCCAGACUCAGGGAGACCGAGGGUGCCCCUGCCGAGCCUGGGCGUGGGGGAUGUUCCGAAGCCGUUCAUCUUCCCAGCGCUGUGUCCCCUGUGUACGCACGCAUACGACCCCUACUUUCCACUGUCCGCCUGACACGUACUCUGCGCAGCCGGGACUUGGCGUGGAGCUCUCCCUUCGGACUCCGGGCUCGAUUACCACGUUUCCUCCACAGACACGCGUAUGCAACUAUGCGCUCACACACACCCCCAGCGGCACGGGGGAAAGGACAGCUUUAGGUUGCCGGUCCGGCGGGAGAUCCCAAGGUGGCGCUGGCAGGGUGGCUGUCCGGCAUGUGUGUCCCGCUCAGCGUCCAGGGCCCCGAGGGGGGGCCAGGGGGGCCUCUCCCCUUCCCCCUCACGUCCCCGGCAUAGCGCACCCUGAGUGAAAGUUUGCUCAACAGGUGGAUUGUGACCGUGGCACCUGGUCUUGUCUGUUGUGCUUUAAAAUGUAGGUAUUAUUACUACUCAGGUGUGGCAGGCAGGCAUCAGAUCAGAAGGUAGCUCGCUACCCACGGUCCCUGAGGGUGGACCUGCUGUGGGGGGCCACACGGGAAACACUGGGGUCAGCCAGCGAGUACUGUGAUUUCCACGGAAGGAACAGGCGAGGCAGACUGUAGCGGGUGAAUGACCUCAGCGGGCUCUGGGCAGGGGGCCACCAGAGAUGUCUGGCACCUGGUGCUGGGCGACCAGGGCAGGCGCAGUGAUUGGGUGGCAAGAGCUGACAGAGGCCGCGGUGUGGCUCCGCGUGGGUUGUUUGAAUGUGGAGGCAGCCCCCAGGUGAGCCCCUCGCCAUCUCCAGGCGUGGCCCGUCCCUCCAGGGUCUGCAGGGCCCUAGACGCCAGAGCAUCAAAGGCAGCAAAUGAGAGAUGGAGUUAAUACACUUGGGUUCUCAGUGCCUAGUUCAGGCACCCGCUCCUCAAGGCUGCAACUCUGGUCUUCGCAGUCACCCCAGGAGACCUGGUUCCUCCCUGUCUGUGCUCUCCUGUGCGUCAUCGUCACCUGGGAGCGUGCCCGGGGAAAGGCAGGGCACUCACUACCCAGGAGACGGCUGGCGGGCGGUGCCCCUCCUGUGGUGACGUCACAGUGGGCGAUGGGCGCUUGCCACAGGCUCGUGCCUCUGUGUUCUAGCUCAUCUCUCUGAGGGGAAGGCAGGGGGACAUCCUGGGAAGUCUGAGGGGGCACCAGAGAUAGUCCACACCACAGAGCACAGCCAACUUGCUCAAAUGUGCGAAGAGCAUGGGGAGGCCACGAAUCUGGUACCCAGUUACAACUUUAGUUUAUUCUUGCCAAGCUGCCUAAUCUGCCAAAUUGCUCAGCAGCCUUAGAGUUGAAAUCAGGUGUUUGCUCAGGAGUAUAGCAGAGAUUCCUUUCCAGAAACAUUCCCGCACCCGCACCCGCACCCACACUGCCUGCCCUUCACUCCUCGCACUGGAGCCCAGGGACAUCACCCUGGUGUGUGUGGCAUCAGCCAUGCAGCCCGCAGCAGGAUUUAGGGGACCACAGAGAGAAGGGCUCAAGCAGUCACACUGAGUAGCAGCAUCUUCAGACUUAGGAGGAUUUGGCUACCCCUCAUCAUCCCAAUGACAGAGGGUGGGGGAGGGGGACCAGCGAAGCUGCCGGCCCUCCUGCUGGUUCCUGCGCUGUUUGCAGAGCUGAGCGUAUUGUUCACACGGGACACACAGGAGCCCUCACCGCGUUCCGUACAGUGCUCGAAACGUCGUGCACUUCCAUGCGCAUGUCUGCAACACCGUGAGGCAAAACCCUGUGUCCUCUGUACCCCAUGCCCCAGUCAAGGGACCUUCAAAGGUAAUCUGAUGCACGUAGACUUCCCCGUUGGUACAGACUUGAGGACAACUCGUGUCAGAUAAAACUCAGGUAUGAAUUGGACAUAACGCCAGUCGGCUCUAGUUCUAGCCCAUCUGAUGCCCUCAACAACCCCGGACGGCCAGGGUGCUCCUUGCUUCGCAGAUUACGGAGCACAGCCCACCAGCUUUAGGCUGCUUUGUUAACUGCGGGGCAUGAACCAAGCUGGUGAUUUCUUUGGAGGAGGUCAAGAUGAUUCCCUGGUCUUCAUUAUUUGGCUCUGGUUUGAAGCUCGUGGCCAACUCCGGGAGCACAGACGUGGCCCCGAGAGAUGGUCUCGUGGUGCCCGGGCUCCUGGCUCUUCAGCGCCGAGUGCUGGGGGUCCAUCCUCACGGAGCAGGGUGUCCCUGUGAUGUCAGCUUCAGCAGACCUCCUGGGCCUCCAGGCCGCUCCAGCCUCUGCUAUUCCUUCAGUGGUCCCUCCUCCUGCGGGACAUGGUGGCAGUCUUGGGCAGGCUGGCCACACCAGUAAGAGGGCUUGAGAGAAGACUGUGCUGUUCACUGUUGCUGUUUGGACUCUGCCUUUGAAAAUCAGUUUCGUCUGCCACAAAUUCUCAGUGGUUCUGCAUCGUGGUCGGUGGUAAUCUCCCCUGCCGAGACGUGAGUGGCUCGUCCCGAGCCCCCCACUAGAAGAGGGAAAGUGAAGGGUCCUCUCUCCUUCCAUCUACCUGGCCUCACCGUGAGCCUGCAGUGGACUUGACGUUGUGGAGGCCCUUACGCUAUCAGUAGCUACCACCGAGUGGCAGGCACCUCACCAAGCACGCCACGGACGCUGCAGCCAGUCCUGACAAGGCCCAGGAGGCUGUGGCGUGGCAGAGUGGAAGGGACUUUGCUCUUCUAAUCCCAGCGCUGCCCCUUUCUGGUGUGUGCCGUGGGCAUGUUACCCAGCAUCUUGGCCCCUUCCCAGCUUCCCUGCACAAUUAUCAUCUAACGCAGUCGUGAGGAUUCCAUGGAGCACCCAGUAUGGUGUGUUUUUGCUGAAUGACCAAUCGAGCAUCCUCAUGCUACCAUCACCUCUGUCCUCCACCUGGUGUCCUGUGCAGGUGACCCUUGAUACCUGCUUCAGAACACAUUCCACAGAUGUCAAUGGCCUGGGGCAUGGCGGGUCCUGAGUGCACAGAGCUGGGACAUGGAGGGAAAAUGCAUCAAUCACAUGUGCCUCAGUGAUGGAGAACCAAUAUGUGGAUGUGGAAGCUCUUUGGGGACCACAGGUCUCACCAGUUGGCCAAUAAAUGUGCCUCAGUGAUGGAGAACCAAUAUGUGGAUGUGGAAGCUCUUUAGGGACCACAGGUCUCACCAGUUGGCCAAUAAAUAAGAUCUUAUUAAAAAACGGAAACAAAGUGCUGAAAACCAGUGAUGAAGAGAAAAUCUUAAAAGUGACCACAGGGGGAAAAGAUGUUCCAUACAGAACAAAAAUAAGGAUGACAUCCGAUUUCUCAUUGGAAACAAUCUAAGCAAGAAGAUAGUGGAGCAAAAUUUUAGAAGUAUGCAUUUAAAAAAAUAAAAGUCAAUCUAGAAUUCUAUAUCCACUGAAAAUAUCUUUCAAAAGUGAAGGCAAAAUAAAAACCUUUUCAGACACACAAAAGUUGAAAGUAUUCCUCACCUGCAGACCCACACUUGAAGAGAUGUUAAAGGCGGUCCCGUCAAGCAGAAGGAAAAUCUGGAUCCACACAGAGAGAUGAAGAGCACCAGAAAUGAAGCCAACACAGAACUCCCAAAGAUUUUUCUUGUAUUACUUAAAUCUCUCUAAAAGAUCAUCAGUUUUAGGGCGCCUGGGUGGCUCAGUCGUUAUGCGUCUGCCUUCGGCUCAGGUCAUGAUCCCAGGGUCCUGGGAUCGAGCCCCACAUCGGCUCCCUGCUCAGCGGGAAGCCUGCUUCUCCCUCCUCCACUCCCCUUCCCUCUCUCGCCAUGUCUCUCUCUGUCAAAUAAAUAAAUAAAAUCUUAAAAAAAAUUAAAAAAUAAAGUAAAAGAUAAUCAGUUUUAAAACAACGAUAUAUCGUGGGGUUUACAAUAUGUAAAAGUGAAAUGCAGGACAAGAAGAGCACAAAGGCCAGGAGGGACAGGGUGGGAGGGCGCUAUAUGUGAAGGGCUGCAACAUCCUUGGAGGCAGACGGGGAUAAGUUAAAGAUAAAUAUGAUCAGCCCUAAAGCAACCACUAAAAUGACAAAGACAGAGUUAUAGAGAAUAAGCCAGCAAUGGAGAUAAAACAAGAUCACAGAAAAAUACUCAAUCCUAAAGAAGGUAGAAAAAGAGGAAAAAAGGAACAAAAACCAGAUUGGGCAAAUGGAAACAAAUAGCAAGAUGAUAAAACUCAAAUCUAGCUACGUCAGUAAUCACAUGCAAUGAAAAUUAUCUAAAUCCUUCAGUUAAAAAGGUGAUGAUCAGAAUGGAUUAAAAAAUCAAGACCCAACUAUAUGCUGCCUGUGAUAAAUACACUUUAAAAAGGAAGACACACGCAAACAGGUUAAAAGUAAAAAAUGGGAAGAAAUAAGUCAUGCUAACAUGAAUCAAAAGAAGCUACAGGGGCUUUAUCAACAUCCCAAAAAGCAGAUCUCAGACCAAAUAACGUUAUCAGAGGUAAAGAAGGUCACCUCAUUUUUUAAAAAAAGAUUUUAUUUAUUUUGAGAGAAAGAGAAAGUGGAGGGAGAGGCAGAGGCAGGGGGAGAGAAAAUCUCAAGCAGACUCCACACCGAGUGCAGACCCCAACUCAGGGCUCGAUCUCACCACCCUGAGAUCAUGACCUGAGCUGAAAUCAAAAGUGGGACGCUCACCCGACUGAGCCACUCAGGACCCCGAAGGUCACUUCAUUCUGAUGAAGGAAUCAACUAAUCGAGAGAACACAGGGGUCCUAAAUGUUUGUGCGUCUAAUGAGGCUUCAAAAUAAAAAAGUAAAAACUGAUAGAAGGCCCAGGAGAAAUGGACAGAUGCAUAAUUUUCAAUACCAUUCUCGCAAUCGCUGGCAAAACAAGUAGGCAGGAACUCAGCAUAUACACAGUAGACUCAGACGACGGCACUGGCCAGACAGCGCUUCGCCACUCCGCCCAGCAACCGCAGAGUGCACAGCCCGCCAAGACAGACCAUGGAGCAAGUCUCGCUAUUUAGAGGGAUUGAAAUCACACCAAGUACUUCUCUGACCGCAAUACAGUUCAAUCAGGACUCAAUGACAGAGAUCUCUGGGACGCCUCCAGAGAGCACAGAGCGAGGAAGAAACCAAACGGAAUCCACUAGCUGUUCUGAACGGGAUGGAAAUGAAAACACCAUGUUCACUCUUGAACACAUGCCGCUUGGCCAUGGGAUGGUGUUACAUCAAUGUGGUGGUGUAGUCCCUCCCCUAACAUUAUGUUUACUGUAAUUGCACUGGUAUGUGUAAGUAAUAUCUGUUUGUAAAUUUUGCUCCUUCGAUAUCGUCUUCUCAGGAUUGUGUCUCAACAUCCUACUUGUUUCAUAAAAGGCACUUCAAAGUCCUCCAUGUUCUGUGCUCUGGAACAAGUUGAAGAUUUGAUAGAAUUCUUCUUGGGAACAACGGGGCCAGGUGAUUUUGAGUGGGAUAGUCUCUCAAUAACUUUAUUUUGUUGGUACAGAAACUAUUCUGCUCAAGCUUUCUCUCUCCAGUGGGGUCAAUUAUGUUAAGCUAUUGUUUCUUAGGAAAUUAUCCAAUUAAAAGUAGUCUUCUAUUUUAAAAAAUAUUCAUUUGAUUCAAUGGUUAUUUCUCCCUUCUCAUUUCUUAUUUCAUAUAUUUUUAUUUUUUCUAGAUUAAUUUAUUCAGUGCUUUGUUUAUUUUGGUGUUAUUUUAAUCAAUAUUUUGUUAAUUAUAGUAUUGUUUUUCUAUUCUCUAGCAUUUCUUUUUUUUAAGGUUUUAUUUAUUUAUUUGACAGAGGGAGAGGGAGCACAAGCAGGGGAAGCAGCAGAGGGAGAGAGAGAAUCUCAAGCAGACUCCCUGCUGAGCAAGGACCCCCCCCGACAAGGGACUUGAUCCCAGGACCCAGAGAUCAUGGCCUCAGCCGGGGGCAGACGGGCAGAUGCUUAGGGACUGAGCCAUCCAGGUGCCCCUCAAACUCAACUCUAAGAAAGCAAACAAUCGAAAUAGGCAAAGUAUUUGUACAGACUCUUCACCAAACAGCACAUGAAAGGAUUCUCAGCGUCACUGGUCACAAUGAGAUCCCACGCACACCAUUAGAAAGACAAGGCCACACCGAGUGUUGGCAAGGAUGCAGAGGAAGUGGGGCUCUCGUACAUGGUCGCAGGGAACGUAAAAUUGUACAAACACUUCAGAAAACAGUUUGGCUGUUUCUCAAAAGGUUAAACAUAUGAUCUACUCAUUCCACUCCUGGGUCUCAAUACCCAAGAGGAAAGGAAAUAUAUAUGCCUACAAAGACGUGCCCACAAACGUUCAUAGUAGCUUUAUUUAUAAUAGACAGAAACUGGAAACCAUCCAAACAUCCAGACAAAUGCAUAAACGAACGGCUGCACACAACAACCUGUAAAUGAGUCUGAAAAUUGCUGUGUGAAAGAAGACAGACAAAAAGCGAGCACGAAUCCAUUUAUAUAGAAUCCUAGAAACUGUGGCGUAGCAAGCAGUUAGAGAAGGGAGGGCAGAGAUUGCUGGGGAGGCACUGGAGGUGCUGAGGGGGGAAGGGAGGUGAUGGUAAAGGGGCGCAGGAUAGAAGGGCUCGCCCCCCUGGUUGCGGUGAUGGCUUCCCCUCAUCCAGUAAGCUUCAAAACCUAUCAAAUUGUAUAAUUUUCCCAUGUCAAUUAUACUCAGUAAAGCUGUUUUUAAACUUUAAAGGAUGUUUUGAAGAGCUGGGUUUAUCGCACUCCUCCGAACCACUGCUUUAUCAGCCAAGAAAGCAUCCACCUCCCUCUGUUGUUCACUUGGGUGUUUGUGUCUGUUGGGUGCCCGCUGGGGGCCUGGCAGAGGGCGUCCGACAGUGAGCAAGACAGGGGUCCUGCUCAGUGAAUUUAAGGCCCUGCUGGACGGACCGGUGGGUUCGGGUCAUUAGUAUCUCAGUUAUGUUAAAGGAACAGGGACGUGUUACGCUGAAGUUCAAUGGUGGACAGACUCGGGUAGUUUUGAGAACUGGCCCCACGGUCCCCGCUGAGCGGGAGGGCUCUGCUCCAGGGCACCUGCUGGUUUCACUCCCAGUUCACUCCGCGGCCAGAGAAGCCAGUUGUGUUUUAAAUGCGAUCCAGGGCUGGAGAAAUAAGCAAGUCUGCUCUCUUGUGAGCUUCUCCAUGUGAGUUGCUGUCGCAUUACAAAAUAAUUUUACUGCAUCACGUAUUCCUUAUCAUAAAAACAGAAAUUCAAAUGACUCACUCAUUUUUGGAAUCUCUUAAAUUUUUUGUUGUUGUAUUUGUGGUUCUGUUCUCUAUACAAAGCCUAAAAUACUUAGAAAAUACGUCAUUUUAUAUUUAUUUAUCACAAAAUGGAUCAUUUUACAAAUGUAAAAAAGUCCACAAUUUGUAGCAUUUAAUAUUUCUUGUAUAGCACAGAACUGCAAGUUUUCUUGGAAGCCAAAGAACAACCAAAGUAAUAUUAAAAACUCAAAAGAAAGAGAAAGAGAUAUUUAACAUCUUGCAAGACCCAGGUGGGUGAAGGAUACAGACGAGCUCACUGGCCUGCUCUUCAUCCACUUUGUUCUCUCUCGCCUGUGGGAGCCACUAUCCCAGAAAACCCUCAUUUCCAUGGCCCCAACACUUUGUGGACUGGUGGGAGUGGACGUGGCCUUUCCUGGCCGUCCCCACUCGUGCAGCUCCCCGGGCCCCUGGUCAGCCGUGCUGCGCUCUCUGAUGACCCUGGUGGUGCGCAGGCCUCCCCGCGGGUCCCACCCUCCUCAUCUCUGGCCUGGACCCUGCAGUGGCUCCCACGUGGGCUCCUCAUGCCCACACAGCCCCACUAAUAGCCAGCGCUUUAGCUCAUACCAGUCCCUUGUUCAAAAUCCCCACUUGGUGGCGGGGGUCCACAUACUGCGAAUAAAUCCAAGGCCUGGCCCCCCUGCCUCUCCAGCGCCGCGUCCCCACUCCGCCCAGCUGUGUCUCAGCCUCAGCGCCUGGCCACUCCUCAGACGUCCUUUGUGCUUUGUGUCAUAAGACCAGUGCUUGGCCAUCAUUCGGUCCUGCCUCUGAGGACAGCUUCUCCGAGAUGCCUUCCCGGACCACCCCAGGUCAACAGCUGCCUGCCCCCUGGGCGCUCCGCUGCUGUGCCCACCGCGCUCCAUGUCCCUUCAUCUUUCUGCAGUGUGUCUGUAAGGGCCGCGAGGCGGCCCGCGGGAAGAUUACUCUAGUGGGUCAAAUAAGGCCUCAACACACACCGGGCGGGCUACCGGGGGCGAUAGGGAGGGCAGGCAUAUCUAUUUAUCAACUAAACUGGCAACUUGAAGACGGUUUUGGAAAUGGGGGAGAGUCGCAUCAUUUCUCGGUCAGCUCGCAAUGUCGGGACGUGUUUGUGCCGUGCUAUGGUGACCGAUGGUGACAUGUGCGGGACUGCGGUGACACGCAAGGGUGGAAGAACCGGUCGCUGCCCGGGGCAGAGGGGGUGUGGGGAGUCGAGCCCCAUCUGCCGAGGGCCUACUGCCUGCUGCGUGUGGCUGUAUGUCCUGCGGGGUCACCUCUCACUCCAUUCUCUGUGGGACCCGGGUCCCUUUUCCACAAGCAGGAAUCUCAGAUGCAGGACUCUCCCGCCAUCAGAGCCAAGGUGACGCCAGCGUCCGCAGGACCUCACCGCGCCUUGCGACGGAAAUAUGUCCCAGAGCUGACGGGGGCCGAGGUUGACGGGAUGAGCGGGUGAUGGGCCGAUGGGCUGAGACAGGGAGGGGCUGUGGCCGUGGACAAUCCAGGGCAGAGAUCUUGACUUUUUCUAGAACAAUCACGACGGACGGGUCUGAGAUUUCAUUCCCCUCAAAAUUAUUUGGGUAAUCCUUCUAU